AUGGCGUCGUCGUCGUCCGCCUCCUCCUCGACUGCCUCCCACGGCAGCUCGGAGGCCACGCCCGUCCUCUCCGACUCCCACGGGGCGCCCCUCCCCACCACCCGCACCCAGGACGGGGACACCGAGUUCGGCGUCGCGCCGCCCGCCACCUGCUCGUCGGCUUCCUCCUCGACGAUCGCCCACGCCGCUCCCGUCCACUCCGACGCCGACUUCCCGCUGCUCCCCGCCAGGGCCAGGGGGAGGGGAACCUCGCCUCCCGCCACCACCAGGGCGUUGGGCAAGGCGCCAGCGGCUACCUGCUCGACCUCGACCACCUCCCAUGCCAGCUGCGGGAGGGGCGGCCCACGCCGACUUCCCGUCCUCUCCGACGCCGACGACUUCCCUACCCUCCCCAGCAUCCUCUCUUCGGGCAAGGGCACCGCGCUCGGAGUCGCGACAGCCGCCUCGUCCUCCCGAGCCGCUGCGAGCACGCCCGCGUACGUCACCACGGCAUGGGGCUCCAAGGGCGUUCCCAUUCCCAACGGCGCCACUCUCCUCGCGCAGAGAUCCUCUCGCGCCGCAGCGCGCGGAGGUGGAGGUCUCAACAGCGGGCAAGGCCGGCGCCGCGGAGGUGGAGGUCUCAACAGCGGGCAGGCCUGGCGCCGGUCCACGACUGCGGCGCCGGGAUACGAGGGCUUCGAGACCGCUACGGAUCCCACGUCGUCGACACUGCCGGCUGCCCGCUCCUCUUCGUCGUCGUCAGGGACGUCUCGCCGCAGCCUCUCUGCUUGGGGUACCACGCUCUCCACAGCGACGGGCGCGCCGACCGCGGCCACGACAUCGACGACCUCCGGCCCUGCGCUCUCCGGGACCAUCACCGACCUCGCGCCCGCGCCCACCAUGGCGUCGACGUCGACGGGGCCAUCCAAUGUCGCGGCGAUUGGCGCGCUGAACGCGAGUACAUCAUCUGCGUGCUACUUCCCUUCGCAGUCCAUCUUCGCUGGGCACGACACUAGUUUGGCGCCUGCGCUCGCCGUGGAGUCUUCGUCGAGAUCAUCAGCGGGGCCAUUCAACAUCAUGCCCUACGCGCUCUUCGACGAGCGGUGCUGGGAUUGCCUGACCGCUCAGGCGGACGUGCGGUUAGCCCCGUGCGACCAUAUCUGCCUCUGCGAGGCCUGCUACCUCAGGCGGCGGACCUGUGCGACUCCGUUCUGCUACGAAUGGAUCAACUGGGAGUCCACGGAGGCACAGUUGCGUUCAGGGAGCCACCGCCGCAGCCGUUCCGGUUGA